AUUUCGUAACAGAAACGUAGGAAAACAGUUCAAAGAUCACAUUUUUUAAGCGCGAGAAAAAGCCUUACUAAUCCUCUGUUAUACAGAGCUAUAAAGCCUCAGCUUUUAGGUUUCCACUUUUGUUGUGAAUAGGAAGAGGACCUAGCCCCCGAGGUGGUCAGUUCUAGAACACUAGGUAUACGCUGUGAAUUUCACCACAAAAGCCUUAUAGUUUGAAGUGCACUGUAUCGCUAUGUCUUACAUAGCAUACAAAAGUAUGCUUUCUGAGAUACGCCGACAACUCGAGCAGCAUGAUCAUCAACAGUUACUCGACAUGUGUGGAUUAGACGACGAGGCUGCCAACAUUCCUGAUGCUCGUUCGUUGUUGAGGAAACUGGAAGAAAAGAAACACUUGACAAUUGACGAGCUGGGAGAUUUGGAGGAAGUCUUGGAGAGCUUAGAGGAGUUUUCCCUGUUGAGAAAACUAAAAAAGUUCCAGAGCAAAAGAAAAGAGUAUAACGAUUUACUAGCUUUGAUCAGUCGAGCACUCGAUAGCGACGAACGCAAUCAUCUGGAACAACUCAUCAACAUCUGUAGAAGGAAGACGUCGGAAGAUUUUGAUGUGGACAUUCUCGAUGUUCGAACACUGUUCCAAGAGCUGGAAAAACGCCGACAUCUUGGAUUCCGUCGCUUUACUUUUUUAAAGGAGAUUUUGACGGAAAUAGGGAAAGAGGACCUGGUGAGGGAGGUUCAGGAUUUCGAGGAGAGGAGAAAUAAUAACGACUCCUUUGAACGAAACAAAGGUCAUGUUGUUUCCCUGGCCAAAGGUGUUGGUGGAAGACUGAGAGGAGUGCUGAACAUUAAGACGGCUUGCAGAGUGGCUAAAACGGGUAUUGUGUUGUUCUCUCUCCAUGAGCUGUUUAAUCGCUGUACAACUUAUGAACAACUCUACAACUUCUUCCAAGAUUGUGUGCUUCCCGCCAAUACACAAUUGAUUGACGUCAGUGAAGGAUGCGUGUGCUUCACAGUUCGAGCAGAGAAUAUAAAGGGGCUCUCUACCCUGUGGAACAUGUACCAGGAUGGCACACUCAAAACCCGCCUGUUCAAUUUCUUGGUUAAUGAUGAAAUGAAGACCCGCGCCGGUGGUGAAGAGAAUGUAGAGCUGAUUGUAACGAUUGAGAAGGAAGAAUACGACAGGGCAUGCACUGAGUUCAUCGACGAAACUCAAGCUCAAAAUGUCGGUUACGAAUGGCCCGGAAUCAAGUCAGUGAGUCUUGGCCAACACAAAUGGAGUUUCACCCAGGCGUACUUGGAAAGUCUACAGUUUGAGACAAAAAGUAUAAUGACAGAAACAUCUGACAGCGGUAUGGGAACAGAAGGAGCACCGUCUGAAUUUGGAGUGGAUAUCGGUGAUGAACGUGAAACUCAGACGGUAACUGGUUACGAGCGAAAGUCACUGUUUUUAGCAGUAAGUAGUGGCAAUAUCGCCAUUAUCGAGGAUAUGUUGUCACAUGGCCUGGAUAUCAACACAAAAAAUGAAUGUGGUGACACGGCUUUGAUCGUGGCUGCCUUGAAUGGUAAAAGAGACGCCGCAAAUUAUCUGUUACACAAUGGAGCUGAUCCCUUCGCGAAAGGAAAGUUUGGAGGAAAUUCCCUGCACUUCGCUUCCCAUGGUGGUAAUGUCGCCAUCGUCGAGACAAUAGUGUCACGUGGUGUUCUUGUGGAUUCAAAAGAUGAUAACGGCAACACACCCUUGAUAUUCGCAGUAGCGAAUGGCAAGGUUGAGGCGGUAAACUAUCUGUUAGACAAGGGAGCUGAUCCCUUUGUUAAAGCACGGUUUGGAAGAAAUUUACUGCACGCUGCUUCCCAAGGUGGUAAUGUCGCCAUCAUCGAAACAAUAAUGUCACGUGGUCUUGAUGUGGAUUCAAAAGAUGGGAACGGCGACACACCUUUGAUAUUGGCUGCACUGAGUGAUAAGGUUGAGGCGGUAAAUUAUCUGUUAGACAAGGGAGCUGAUCCCUUUGUGAAAGGACAGUUUGGAAGAAAUUCACUGCACGCCGCUUCCCAUGGUGGUAAUGUCGCCCUCAUCGAGACAAUAAUGUCACGUGGUGUUCAUGUGGAUUCAAAAGAUGAUAACGGCAACACACCCUUGAUAUUCGCAGUAGUGAAUGGCAAGGUUGAGGCGGUAAACUAUCUGUUAGACAAGGGAGCUGAUCCCUUUGUUAAAGCACGGUUUGGAAGAAAUUUACUGCACGCUGCUUCCCAAGGUGGUAAUGUCGCCAUCAUCGAAACAAUAAUGUCACGUGGUCUUGAUGUGGAUUCAAAAGAU